AAAUUAAUUUGUAUUCCUUAUCAAAUUUUCAAUGGGUAAUGUAUUGCACUGUAUAUCCACCAAAUCCAUUUCCUUCAGUUUCCAGUCAUUUUGUUGGAGAUUUAAGUAAAGUUGAAUAAAGUUUUGGCAACUAACUGUUGUUAAUUCAUAUUACAGCUGUGAUUUUUUUUACUUUUGGUUCCAUUGUUAGUUGUUUUUUAAAAUAAAUUGGGUGUUUUUCCUUCCUUUCAACUGCUAUGUGCUGAAUUCAGUAUUCGAAAGUUGUGGAAAAGAAAAAUAAUAAUCAUGAUUGAAUUGACGUGGAAAGAAGCCAGAGAUGUUCUACGUACUCACAGAGAACAAAAUAUUAGGCAAAGUCAGAAAGUAGUCGAUAUUUGGGAGAAUGUUCUUAACGACAACGUGGAUAAAUUGGGCGACGAAAAGUAUGUCGUUUGGGAACAAGUCUGCUUUUGUGCGUUGGAUUGUAACAGAAUGGAUAUAGCUAAUGAAUGCCUCGUACAAUUAUUCAUUAAAUUCCCAAAUAGUUCCAGACAUCGCCUAUUAGAAGAACUUACUCACGAAUACCUUGAACGGUACGAUGAAGCAAUAGCUUUGCUGGAUUUGAUGAUCGAGAAUGAUGAUACUAAUGCUUCACCAAGGAAGCGUAAAAUUGCAAUUCUGAAAUCAAAAGGAAAAAUAGCUGAAGCGGUUAGAGAAUUGAACGAGUAUUUGAAAAAAUUCAUGAUGGACCAAGACGCAUGGAAUGAACUUUGCGAUUUGUAUUUAAGUGAACAAGAAUACGCCAAGGCGGCAUUCUGUAUGGAAGAACUGAUUCUACAGAACCCACACAAUCAUUUGUUUCACUUACGAUUCGCUGAAAUUAAAUACACCCAGGGAGGAUUUGAUAACUUGGAGCUAGCUAUGGCUUAUUACUGUCAAGCACUCAAGUUAAGUCCUUCAAAUAUGCGAGCACUAUUCGGAGUAUUUUUGUGCGCCAAACAUAUUUCAUCGUCGCAAAAAUGCAACUUGAACCGAAAGAAAAAAGUUAAAGAGAUAUUAUCCUGGUCUUUAGAACAAAUUCAAGCUCAGUAUGAUCAAGUUGCUGAUCCACUGCAGCAAAACGAUGUGGUUAAAAAUUUACAGAACCUGGAUUUAUCGGCAUCUUAAGUAAAAUGUUCUAUUUUUAUAUUUGUUAUACGAGUAGGUAAAAUAUUGUUAGCUCUUUUUUUCGUUUUAUUUGAUACAUUAUGUAUUCCAGUAUUGUACUGUUGCAAUUCAAUAAAAAUUUUAUUUUCAAUGGGA